CAGAGGGUGCAGCACCGUCGUCCUCGUUUUUCCGGUGCUGCGCGCGCCCUCUGCACUUUUUCCCUCGUUUUGUCAAGGUGCAGGCCUAGUUCUGCACAGGUUCUCGGCCGCCGUGCACCAGCUCGAGGAGAGGUGCCGAGAAAGUGCAGGCAUGGCGUGCUACAUCCCACCCAACCGUGAGCAGACGACGCUGAAGCUCGUUCUCCAGGGUGUCGAGAAGGAAGUUAAUCUGCUUCGCAACCAGGAUGGUUCGGCCAUGGAGACCUCGGAGGGUUAUGUAUACCAGGCAUCAGGUAAGUGAAGCUAGCUGCAUGGUGGCGAGAAACACGUGGUUAGCUGUCAGAUGGAGUCUUAUUAGCGGUAGACUGCGAUUGUCGCUUGUUUCAGGUACCACUUGUAAUUCUGGGAUGUCGUGAUGUGCUGCUUAGACAUUUCAAAUGUUGGUCUUUGCCUUUGCAGACGGGCAGUGUGUCACUCUGCGGUUCGCGGCCAACGAUGAGGACUUGCCCAUUCCAGCGCAGCCUACGACGCCCGCUUCCGCCGCCGACAGUGACGAUAGGCACCCGCUAGCCACUCCUGAAGCAUCCGCUGAGGACGUAGAACUCUGGAGUAGUCGCAAAACAAAGUUCUUCAUCUCCAAAUACUCGGAGAUGAAGGACUUAGUUGGAAGAAGUAGAGCCUUAAGAACGAGAAAGCUCUUGUGGCUAAAACUUGCAGAACUUUUGAACGAGGAGUUCAGCUGCAACCUCACUGCCACUCAAGUACAAAAUAAAUGGAAAUCAUUGGACCGUUCCUACAAAAAAUCAAAAAAAGAGAACAGUUCGUCUGGGCACCACCGUGUGAGCUGUGAACACGAGCAAGAGCUGGCUGACAUACUCGAAAAACAGCACAGUGUGAACCCCACAUUGCUGUUGGAGCCCGGAGCAACAAUCCUGUCAAGUGGAAACUCAGGGGGAAGCACGACAGAUGAACGGCCUGAGGACCUACCAGCACCAACAGAGGGCGACAGAGCCCCAAAGAGGAAGCGAAACAGCCUUUCUAAGCUUGCUCCCCUCUUAGAAGCUAUAGAAAAAAUUGGUGAGGCAAAAAAAAAGCAAGAGGAGGCGAGAGCAGAGCAAUUUGAAGCUCGCAAGAAAUGGGAAGAGGCCAAGGCCAAGCGGCAUGAAGAACGCAUGGCUCAGUUUGACCGCCUAGCAGAUUUAUUUGCUAAGCAGCAGAGUACAUCUAGUCAACAAUAAAGUUGUGUUACAACAGCA